AUGCCAUUAGAUUUCAUAGGAACUGUGUUAGCUGAAGGUACCCAUAGAAUUCCUUACUAUGAACAGAUCAAGAGAAUUGCACCUUACGUGAUAGCGGGAUCUGCUGUCAAAUACUGGUCUCGAGGCGCCACCAAUACCUGGGAAAGAAAAUUGCAUGGUAAGGUCUACCUAGUAACGGGUGCUACAACCCAAGCUAUGGGGACCUCAGUUGUGCUUGAAAUGGCGAAAUUGGGGGCACAACUGAUCAUAUUAGGACGUGAAAUAGAUGAAUGGGCUACAGAUUGGGUCAACGAUCUGAGAGAUAAGAGUGAGAACAAUCUCAUAUAUAUGGAACAAUGUGAUUUGAGUGAUCUGUGGCAAGUGAGGAAAUUCGUCACUGGUUGGUUAGACAACAGUCCACCUAGAAGGCUUGAUGGUGUUAUAGUGAUGUCAGGGGAUAUGGAACCGUGGGGAAUACCCAGAAUAUCACCACCAAUUAGAAGAUCUUCCGUGGAAGGAUUAGAAUUACAAAUGGCGACGAAUUUUGCAGGUGUUUUCCAUUUGUUAGAUCUUUUACAACCAAGUUUCAAAGCCCAACCUCCUGAUCGAGACUUCAGAAUCAUAAUUACGACGUGUUGGUUGCAGUCAUUGGGCCAGGUUAACGUCCAAGAUCCAUUGUGGCAAAAUGCACCAUAUGAAAGUGCACUAAAGCAUUUCGCUAGUAGUAAGUUGCAAUUAGCGCUAUGCAUGCUUGAAUUACAAAGAAGAGUUACAAAAGCUAUCAAAGAGGAAAAAGCUGGAGGUGUUGAACGUACAGGUUUUAAUGUUAGUGUUACACUGGUACAACCGGGUACAAUGAGAUCCCCCAGUCUUCGUCGCGUUUUAAGCAAUGGAUCAGUUACACUUUUGCUGUUCUUCUAUUGUAUCAUUUUGUACCCCUGGUUACUCCUGUUGACCAAGAGUGGCCAUCGUGGUGGCCAAAGUAUCUUAUACGCAUUAAUGACACCUGAAUUGGAAGAGGUCAAUCUCGAAAAUAAUGAUGUUAAAUACAUCUCUGAUUGCAAAAUAAUAAAAUUUGCCCGUAAAGAAUUCACUGAUGUCAAUUUACAGGCUCAAUUGUUUGCGAAUACCCAAAGAGAUAUACUGGAAUUUGAGAAGAAAAUGGCCAUCAAACGUAAUCAGAUGAAGUCCAAAUCCAAUUCCAAUUCCAAGUCCAAUACUAAACCGGAUUCCAAUGCAAAAAAAUGA